AUGCUGGAAAUUCCAAAAGGAGUUGCUGAAUGGGAACUCACUGUCGAACUUCAGAAGGAGCCCGCAUUUUGCUUACAAAUCGACGAAGCUGAAACUCCCUCGAAUGAUCAGCCAUGGUACACAGACAUCAAGGAAUACCUCGAACAUCAGAAGUACCCAGAAGGAGUAACACCAACUGAUCGUCGCACUAUCCAACAACUAGUGGCAUGGUUGGUGAUCAUCGGGGGCAUCCUCUACAAGCGAUCCUUCAACCAAGUCCUUCUCCGCUGUGUGAAUGAGACGAAAGCAACACAAAUAAUGUCAGAAAUCCACAAAGGACUAUAUGGCCCACACAUGAAUGGGCAUAUGAUGGCAAAGAAAAUCUUACGACUCGACUACUAUUGGCUUACGAUGGAGAUAGAUUGCUGUGAACAUGUUAGGAAAUGCUUUAAGUGUCAGGAGCAUGUAAAUCAGAUCCAUGCGCCUGCUUCCAAACUCUACAACUUGAUGGUGCAACUCUAUACGAGCUCGUAUACGGAAUGGAAGCGGUACUACCGGUCAAAAUCAAAAUCCCAUCACUUCAGAUAUUACUGGAAAGCCAAGUCAAGGAAGGCGAGUGGCAACAAGCAAGAUACGAUCAACUGCAUCUAA